ACACUCUACAACCUGCUAAAAGAGUCACUACACUCCAAGACAGCUAUACAUCUAAAUAUAGACAAGCCUAGUACUAUGCCUAAUCCGCCAUCCACCAGUACUUUCAAAGCCUUGUUGCCACUUUCCCAAGGCAAGAUCACGUGAUCAUGCGUCCAAUACUACCCAAAACGGUUAAGCGUCUGGAGCGCUCCAGACCGAGGAACAAGAGAUGAGGCAAAUCACCAGGUCCCAAGGAAAAGCUUUUAGCAAUCCCCUGAAAUGAUAGCUAUAUAAACCGAUCAACAUCACUAACCGACGAAAAUCUUGCAGCAUUACUGUCACUAACACCGGCAGAGUCUUCCACCCAGACAGCUAGCGAACAGCAUGCCCCUCGUCGAAGACAGUCCUCGCGAGGACAACAACACCCAAAUACCCCCUACAACCCUCAACCACGAUAAUGAAGCUCAUAACGAAGAACACGAUGACGAUAACGACGUCCCCGUGAACAAAAAGACCAGCUUCAACGGCCGUCUCAACCAAUACUUCCACACCGCGAAGCCCACAUCCUCAGCGCCACCGGCAAUCUCGUCCACAAAACAAACCUCUACCAGGACGACUUCCUCUCCUUUAAAACGCAAACGAACCACACCACCAACAUCAACAUCAACAACAACAUCAACACGAAUAACCCGCUCCCGAUCCCGAUCCUCCACCUCAACCCGAACCAGCACCACCUCCAGCACCACCUCCAGCACCACCUCCUCCCCCCGCCCACGCAAACCCACCACCCCAUCAUCAGCAUCCACCUCCCUCCUCACUGACACCAUCCCCCCAAACCUAACCCUCCUCCUCGUAGGCGUAAACCCUGGAAUCCUAACCGGCAUAACAGGCUACGCCUACGCGCACCCCAGCAAUCUCUUUUGGAAACUCCUGCACUGGUCGGGAAUCACACCGAUCCGACACCCGCCCUCGGAUACGUACAAACUCCCAGAGUCAUAUAACAUCGGGAACACGAAUAUCGUGGAACGGCCGACGCGGGACGCGAGCAUGCUGAGCAAGAAGGAGAUGGAUGCGGGGGUGCCGAUUUUGGAGGCGAAGGUGAGGGAGAAGAGGCCUGAGGCGGUGUGUCUUGUGGGAAAGAGUAUUUGGGAGGCGGUUUGGAGGGUUAAGGUGGGCCGGGGGAUUAGGAAGGAGGAGUUUAGGUAUGGGUGGCAGGAUGAGGGGAUGAAUUUGGGGCGAGUGGGUGGUGAUGAUGGGGGGUGGGAGGGGGCGAGGGUUUUUGUGGCUACGACGACGAGUGGGUUGGCGGCGGGGAUGUCGGUUAUGGAGAAGAGGGAGGUUUGGGAUGAGUUGGGGAGGUGGGUUGUUGAGAGGAGGAAGGUUUGGGAGGGGAAGAGGGAGAAGGGUGGUAGUGAUGGUGUGAAAGUAGAAUAGAAUAGACGUAGAAUCUUGUCUUUGGGUACAAUUAUAGAAUAUAG